UUUCGAUUGUGGAGUUCCGUCAGUUGUCUGCUAGUAAACAUCUUUUUAACCUGUUGUUCAUAAACCGUAUAACGAUUUGAAGUAAUUAUUUUAAAAAUACUAGUAAUGUUUAAAACUUUAAGAGUCGGUGCAAGAUGCGUGAGAUGCUUUCACGAAAGAAACAUUCACACUUCUUGUCUUUACUUUCACAACAUCCAAUUAGUGAAAAAAGAGCAUUGGGAAGAAAAGAUGCAAUUUUGGUUAAGAAAAUAUGAAGAUUUAUUCGGUAUAACUAAGUUAUCAGAACUACAACAAAGGGUUUUAGAAGUUCAAAACCAAGUUCAAGCAACUCAAGAAAGACGAAGACAAGUCCAAGAUGAAAUAUUCAGAGUUCAGAAAAAACUACAAGAAAUGAAUGAUAUUCUUCACAAAAUGUCUUUAGGUGAUAAUAUGUAUAUAUCAGUAGCUACUCAGGUUCAUGAACUUAUAAAAGAGCAAAAGCGUCUACAAAAUGAAUUCACUUUAUCUGAUCAAACAGAAAGAGAGCUACAAACAACUUUAGCUUUAGCUAUCAAUAACAGCCAGGAUCAUGAAAGAACUUACAGAGAAAAGAAUAAAUAUUUAUCUCUUAUAACUGGAGUUGUUGGAGGACUUCUAGGCUUGAUCGGAUCAAGUAUUAACAAUUGGAGACAUCGAAAAGAUAUUAAAAUAUUUGCUGGUGAUAUUUCAAAUCAGGUUACAAAUUUACAAAAUGCAAUUCUUAAACUGAAUACUGAACCAUCCACUAGUUCACAAGCAAUCCUCAACGAAGUUCCUAGAGGAACUGAAGAUUUACUGUCAGAGAUGAAAAUUCAACAAGAAAUUCUCCAAGAAAAUAUCAACACCAUGAAAUCAUUGUUUAAUGAUAAUAUUCUUCAGAACUGUGAUGCUGAGAAUAAAUUUUAUGGCGAUAUUCAAACUAAAAAACUACUUUUUCAAUUAGAAGAUAAUAUUAGUUCAAAACUGAACUAUCAUACUUCAUUGAACAUUAGUUUGUUAAGUAGCUUAAUUAUUAUAGGCACCUUAAUAUUGUUUUUCAGCAAUUCUCACUAAUAUAAAUAUCUUUAUAGGUAUAUUAUAUGAUGAGCUUCACAUUUCUAAAUUCUCUACAUUGAAAAUUGUUUUAUGAAUAUAAUGAUUCUGAAUUUAUUCAUAAGCAUUGACUGAAAGUUGCAUUAUGUUUUUUAUUUCUUGUACUUUAAUUAAUUUGAUAUAUGCAUUUUAAUGAAUGUUAAAGGUGAGUGAAAGAACAAUAAAAAAGUGUCCUUCAAAUGUAUGUUGUUUAGGAAAAAUAUAAUCUACUUAUAAAUCAAUAAGAAUUGAGAAAUACUGCCAUCAAUUGAAUCAUAUGAAAAUUACUCCAAUUAAUUUUAGAAUAAAAUAAACCUUAGUUUAAAAAAAAAAAAAAAAAGGCAUCCAUGUAUACCUUUAGUUAUAUAGAAUCAAAAUGUAUGAAAUAAUUUUCAUUAGAAUAAAGUAAUUCAUAUAAAUUAUAGUUGAAAAAAAUUGUUACCAGCUCAAGAAAGAAUUUUGUAAUUUUUUUUAAAGCAAGUUUGUAGUAAUAAUUUUUUUCUUGUACCAUUAAUUAAUAUUCAGAAAAAUUUCUAAUAUGAUAAACUGUUGUAUUGGAUAUUACUUGAAUGUUGAUCUCUUUCCAGUGCAAACAAAAAUUGCAAGAUACUUUCUUAAAAUCUUGAAGGUAUCAUUUAUAUAUGCACCAUUUUUGUUCAGGUUAUAAUUUAUGCAUUACAGUCUGCGAUUUCAUAUAAAUGAUAUUUAAGCAAGAUACAGAUUUUAAAACAAUGUAUUCAAUAUGAUGUUUUAAAAGCAUUUAAGCUGAAAAUUUUUAUAUUAUAUUUAAUACUGUCUCAAUCCAAUGUAAAUAUUAUGUUUGAAUGGCUUUUUAGAUACAAUACUCCAGAUGUAUUUAUUUUGUAAGUAUUUGACCAUCGAAAAACUGAAA